CGAAUGUGACCAAAAAUAGCAAAAUAUGCGGUGGAAUAUUUUUUCAUUAUCAUUUAGUUUCCCCUUAAAAAUGGCAGUGAAAGUGACAGAGAGCGGGAACGCGUAGCUCUUUCUCCUUCAUCUCUGCUUUACUUUGCUUGUGCUGACAGUCAUUUCUCAUCUUUCGCUUAAAUACCAAGCCAUUUCCCAUUUCUCGAGAUCUGAGCUUCUUUCUUUCUCUCUUUUCUAGCUUCCUCUUUCACUUUCCCUCUUCUAAUUUUCCCAGGUAGAAAACAUGGUUUCUCCCAUUGAGACUGAGACUGAGAAACAGACACAGGAGAAUGAAAAGCCGACGUACAAGUACUCCAGGCAUCCGCGUCUGAAUGAGAGAAUUCUUUCGUCCAUGACCCGAAGAUCAGUUGCUGCACACCCUUGGCAUGAUCUUGAGAUAGGUCCUGGAGCUCCUGUAAUCUUCAACUGUGUCAUUGAAAUAGCUAGAGGGAGUAAGGUCAAAUAUGAACUAGACAAAAAGACUGGUUUAAUUAAGGUUGAUCGUAUCCUUUAUUCAUCAGUUGUAUAUCCCCACAACUAUGGAUUCAUCCCUCGAACACUUUGUGAAGACAGUGACCCCAUGGAUGUCUUGGUUAUCAUGCAGGAGCCUGUUCUUCCAGGAUGCUUCUUGCGGGCAAAAGCUAUUGGAUUGAUGCCUAUGAUUGAUCAGGGGGAGAAAGAUGACAAAAUAAUUGCUGUUUGUGCUGACGAUCCAGAGUACCGACAUUACAAUGACAUCAAGGAGCUCCCACCACAUCGUUUGGCUGAAAUACGUCGCUUCUUUGAAGAUUAUAAGAAAAACGAAAACAAGGAAGUUGCGGUUGAUGAUUUUCUGCCUUCUGCAUCAGCUCACGAGGCAAUCCAGUAUUCCAUGGAUCUUUAUGCAAAUUAUGUUGUGGAGACAUUGAGGCAGUAGUAUUCCUUCAUCGACUGCAUAUACGUGGAAGUUUUGUAUUAUAAGCUUCUUAUACUGAAAUUUUUUCAAAUGGCUGUAUACCGUCUUCUGUUGAAAUGAGAAACAGUAAUGUAGAAACCUUGGUAACACUCAUUAAAUGCUUAUUAUCCAAGCUGAAUGCUUACAUGUGUGUAAUAACAAUCAUAAGCGUUGUAAUAGUCCUCAAUUUCUUAUAUGAAUUGCCUUUCUUCAGUA